AUGAUUUCUUUCCGGCAGGUCGCCCGCCAUGGUGAUCGGGUGCGACUGGGAUUGUCAUUUACUACACGCCAAUUCUCCGCUUCCCACACAAUUGCCGCAGAAGGUGACGGUCAACCACCCAGGAGGCCUGCCUCGAAGAUAAGCUCGACUGCUACUAUCCCACGCAAACCCCGUCCCUCAAACCCACCUGGAUCUGCACAUCAAGGUCGCCCUCGUCCUGCCAAAGCCUUAGAUGCGAGAGCAUUCGCAGCACCCAGAGCCGGCGGUGAACAGCCUAAAAUUCUUCGUAGCCCCCGCCUACGUUCUGCGGGAGGCAAUGCAGGAGGCAAUCGAGGUGGAAAGCCAAGCUACGGCAAGGGCAAAUCCGCUAGCCAAAAGAAUUCACGAAAGCCUCGACGAAAAGGCCCGAGAAGAGCAGAUGUGGACGAUAGCGAGGACUUGACAGCUGCGGCCAUUGAACAGCUUGAGCGAGACCAAAUCUUAAAGUCCCGUCCGGUUCCCGUCCGUUAUGAACCUCGAGAUAUUGAUAUCUCUACGCUGCAAGAAACAUGGCCCUCCAUUCCAACCGAUAUCAAUGCCCGAUCCACUGCAGUUUUGGAGAAGCUGACCAACCUGAGCGGUCGCUUCGCCAAUGGAUAUGUCCCUCCAUACGAAUUAGGGCGACGUAUCUGGAAGGGUCAGAGCGUUUUGUUCCAUAGCGAGGAGGAAAGAUCGGAGGCUAUGGAAGAGGUGAAUCGGCUUGCUCAGGCUCGUGCGGACAAAAUGUCUCAAAAGAAAGGUGACCUUGUGGAGCCUCGUAAAGUCGAGUUUAGAAGUAUCGACACGCAAGACUCGAAGGCAUUGCUUGAAACUUACGCCCAGGGAAAAUAUCCCUCUGUGGAAGUUGCCGAGGGCCAGUCCGCUGUUCUCGGUGAAGUGGUGAAGAAUCUCCGCAACAACGGUACAUACCAAACCGCGGGCAAGAGGCCGCAAUUCUUGGCUAAGGUUGAGUCACUGCUAGCUUCGAGCCGUGUUAAGCGCACUUAA